CUUCCCUACUCUACACCGGAGGAAGCUUUAGCAUUUUCUAAGGUGAAGGUUAUUUCCAAUGAUCUGACUUUAUUGUACAUUGUUAAUGUUCCGAUAACUUCUGAAGAAACAUUUGCCAAAAUUUUAGUAAAACCGGUCAAGAAAGGAAAUGCAAUAAUAGAAAUCUUUAAUUAUUAUUGAGCUCCGAUUCCAGUUGCAAUAAAAUUAGCGGACAGCAAGUACCGACAUUGGAAGAAAUUACAUCCGGCAUACUUCUCGUAAAUGAUUAUGAGGGACCCGUAAAUAUCAAUGAAACUUCCCCCUCUACCUGCAAUUUUCCAGCCAACACCACGAGAGAAGCAGUACAAAGAGAUACUUUCAUUGGAGUCAAUCAAAGAACUUCAUAUUAACAAUUUCCACGAGAUUGAGCUUAUGAAAACCGAAAAUAAGAUCGUCAAACUUACCAACUGCGGUUUCGCCAUGGUUAUAAUUAUCAUCGUGAUCGUCUUCCUAAUUAACAAAUUCCUGGGAGGAAAUCGAUCAACAAUCAGUAUCACGCAAAACACAGAAACCGAUAAGAUGCGACAUCAACAUCCGGCAACCAUCAGUAUCCCGCCACCUUCGAGUACGCCAAAAAUCUACAGUAGUCCAUUCUUUUGAUCCUGAUGAGGACAUCAGGAAGCUAGAGGGGGAAGAGUUAACGUCAGCAUAUUAACUUCAGCAUAGACAUCGAUAUCGACCGGAAAGACAACACGCGCGGUAUCACCUGAGUCAGCGGUCAUCGAUACAGGUGAAAUCAAAACAAAUGCAUAAUUGGCAAAUUGCAAUAAUUCGUGCUACUUUUCAUGUUUAGUAGUAAGAAUUCGGUAGUUAGUCUUUAGCAGUAUAUUGUAGAUUACACAUCUCGAAUAAUAAUUAAAUUUUUUUUAA